AAAAAAAAAAAAAACUUUCCCUCUUGGCUUUUAGAUCUCUGUAUGAGUGAGUAGAUUAGAUAAUUAAAUAUUCAAUCAUAAUUCAAGCGCAGUUACUACUACGACACAUUAAAAAAAAUUACAAAAGAAACAGGUAAACUAUCAAUUUGUGCAAACUCAUUGAAAAUAAACGACAAAAAUUAAUCAACAAAAAUGACAAAAAUCGUGAUUUUUGGAUCAACCGGUAUGACUGGUCUUUGUGCUUUGGAGCAUGCUGUAAAAAAAGAUUUACAAGUUAGUGUAUUUGUCAGAGACGAAUCAAAAAUUCCAGAAAAUAUACGUGGAAAAGUUGAAGCUAUUGUUGGUGAUGUUACAAAUGCUGAACAAGUUGAUAAAGCUAUUGUUGGCCAAGAGGGUGUUGUCGUUGUUUUAGGAACACGAAAUAACUUGAGUCCAACAACUGUACUUUCUGAUGGCUUGAAGAAUAUCAUUGCCAGUAUGAAGAAAAAUAAUGUUGAAAAAAUAUCUGUCUGUUUAUCAGCAUUUUUGUUUUAUGAACCUGAAAAAGUACCAGCUAUUUUUAAGGAUCUUAAUGCUGAUCAUCAACGAAUGUUUGAUGCAAUCAAAGAAAGUGGAUUAAAAUGGAUUGCAGUUUUACCACCACACAUUGGAGAUUCUCCAAGUGGAAAAUACAAAAUUGAACAUGAUAAAUCACCAGGUCGUGGUGUAUCCAAAUAUGAUUUGGCUAGUUUCUUAGUUGACACUUUAGAACAAUCAGAAAAUUACCAAAAGGUUUGUGGUAUUGCCACCCCAUAAUAAUAAUUGUCUUUCCAAUAACCUAAAGGUUUUUUCUUUCUUUUUUAACAAAAAUAAAAUUAAAAACAAAAUAAAAAUAAAAAAAUAAUGUUGAUUUAAUUCGUUUUUUUUUUUUUUUUGUAUUCUUUUCAAUUGAAAAAAUAUAUAUUUGUUAAAAAUUUUUAAUCAUAUAUGUUUUUGUAGUUAUAACUUUGUUAUUAAUUGGCAAUUUAAUUUUUGGAAGAGGUGGUGGCGUUGGACCUGAAGAAAAUUGUCCAAUUUUAGUUGUAAUUUUUUUUUCUUCAUCAACAAUAUUAUCAGCAA